AUUUUCCCUAAAGGAAUGGCUAGGAGCAGGGCUGAAAUUCAGGCUGCUUACAGGCAAAGGAAGCGGCAAAAGAUGGGGGAAAAUGCUUACUUACAAGCGGAGAGGCAGAGGGUGAAAAAAUACUACAAACCGGUGGAUACGCUCACAAAGAAGAGGGUCCAAGAGAGAAGAACGCAAGUAAAUAGAAGAGUACGAAAGCAUAGAGAUCGAGUUCGUCGGGUAAGACAGGAAAUGGAACAAAGAAGAAACAUGAACAUAGAUGACGUCGGAUACACUGCGGAUGACGAUUCUGCUAUCUCGGACAUAUCCCCUGACAUAUCUAACCAGUUAGGCCUUACUAUCAAAAUGCCAUUCCAAAAGCCAAGAAGAAAACGAGUGAGUAGGUGUUUGAGCAAGGCUCAUAGAAACAUUGAACAGCUCACACUGAAACUACAGGCGGCAAAGAAAGACAAGACAAGACUAAAGAAAAGGUGUGAGAGGCUGCAGAAUAAAGUCAUGACUUCAAUGCCAACAAGAAAAGAAGUUAAGAAUACACCGCGAUCCCGUACAAACUCUCAGCUAGAAGAUGAAGGAAUAGAUCCAAGCCGUGUUCCUUCAAUCAGAAAACGAUUGUUAUUCUCCAAUGCAAUGAUGGAAGAGAUUCAAGGUUCUUCUAACACAAGCAGAAAGAUGUCUGAUCGCCGGAUUCUUCACCAGUUGGUAGCUGGAUCAAAGGUUCUGAAGAAAUACCGCCUAUUAAAGUUGCUCCGGACGGAAACUGGAUUGGGGAGACGUAACCUUUCGAAGGCAAACAAACAUACCAAAUCAACUCAACAAUCACGACCAACCUGGACUUCUCUCCAUCUGGAAGUAGUAGAAUUUCUGCACAGAGAUGAUGUAUCACGUAUGUGUCCGGGAAAAAAGGAUUCAAGCAAGGGCAAAGACGGAACCAAGUGUCAGAAGAGGUAUUUGACUGAUUAUCUGUCUAAUCUUCAUGAAAGGUAUCUGGCAGAGACCGAUGGGAAAAGAAAGAUAUCACUGUCAGCAUUCAACCGCGUGCGACGAACCCUAUGUCCUCACAUUAAGCCUGUCCAGUUCGCCUCGAGAGAUCUUUGCCUUUGUCAAAAGCAUCAGAAUGUUGCAUUGAAGCUCAAAGCACUACAAUCACUCGGGGGAACUGUAAAUGACAACCCAGAUGAGUUCAUUAAAGAACAUAAUGAAGCUCAGGUAGAUAUUCUCCUCAACAACUUGCAGUCAGAGCAGAUCCAAUUUGAUGAGUGGUCAAGGGUUGAGGUAGAUGGGAGAAAGAAAAUCAAAAUCAUCCGCAUAUCUCAAAGUAAACCUGACUUUAUCAAGCGCUUUCAGAAGGAGAUCCAAGAAUUCAGGCAACAUGUUGUCAGAAUCAAAAACCAAUUCAGAGCUUUGCUAGAUUGCAAGAAUUCUUUGAAGCCAGAUGAGUGCAUUAUCCAGAUGGAUUUUGCCGAAAAUUAUGUCUGUGUUCCACUUGAAGAGGUCCAAAGCGCCUACUGGUGUCAGGAUGGGGUGACACUUCACCCAAUUGUCGUGUACUUCCGCAACGACGGGAAUGAACUAGUUCAUCAAAGUUUUGCAGCUGUGUCUGAUGACAGAAAUCACAACACUUCCACAAUACUGGCAAUACUCACCAAGCUCAUGCCAAAGCUCAAAGAGCUGAUACCCCAUCUCCACAAGGUUCACUACUGGACCGACAGUCCUACAUCGCAAUAUAGGAACAAAACAAUGUUUUCGUUGGUGAGUGAGCAUGCUGAUAUCUUCGACGGCAUACAUGCUCAAUGGAACUAUUUCGAGAGUGGCCACGGGAAGGGUCCGUGCGAUGGGAUCGGGGGUACCAUCAAACGUCUUGCAGACACUGCAGUGAAGAGACGGGCAGCAGUUAUCCAAGAUGCCCACGACUUUUUCGCCUGGGCCUCACAAGAACGCCACGAAUGCUCAGGUUCAAAGAUCAACUUCUUCUUUGUAGCCAAGGGAGACUGUGCUGCAGGAAGUCUUCUCAUUGCGGAGAGGUGGUCCAGUGUGAAAACCUUUCCUGGGACAAUGCAGAUGCACGCAGUGAUUGGCCAUGACAAUGGAGUUCUUCUCAGAAAGUUGUCCUGCUACUGUCAAAGCUGCUAUGGCAGUCGUGAAGAAGGCCAAGUUGAAACGAUGUGCGAAGGGUGGAAACACAAUCGUCUCCUUUAUCGAUCGACUACCAUGUCAACAACAGGUGCUUCUGUUACACCACAGAGUCCAAGCAACACAAGCAUGUCUGAAAAUGAUGAGUCCUCACCAACAACCAACGAAGCGUCCUCGGGUACAUAUGGUGUUGACGACUGGGUUGCUGCAGUUUAUGAUAAGCAGUGGUACAUUGGCAAAGUCCUCAAAUUUGACUCUUCUGAUAUUCAUAUUGACUUCAUGGCAAAAUGUUCUGGUACCCAUACAGGGGGGAAAUACAAAUGGCCUGUAAAAAAAGAUGCAAUAUGGGUGGCAUGGGACAAAGUGUUGUGUCACAUUACACCAUGCUUUUGUGAUACUUCUCAAAGAAUUGUCACUUUAUCUCCAGAGCAGAAAGCUCUGAUCGAAGAAGCCUUCAAGGCCGUUGUCUGACUUCAUAGAUCUUUACUGGAAUGAUUCAAAAGGGGUUUUAAUUUUUAUGGGUUAAUUGAUUAAUUGAUUUCCAUAUAAAUCAUUGGCCAUAUGUUUAUUGUAAGAGCUAUAAGAAAUUAAUAUCACACAUGCAAAACUAGAGUUAGGCCUAUGUGAUUAAGUUGUAGGGAUAUCAGAUUGAUCUGCUUCCAGUCUUAGGGAAUUAAUAUUCAAGCAUAAAUAAUUGAUAUGUGAGUUAUCUUCAACUCCCUAUUAUGUUCCUCAUCAUAUCAUGGGGGGUUCAUUUCUUCUUGUUUUUCAUCUUGUGUCUACUUACUGCAAUCUCCCUUUUCCUCAUUUCAUCUCUCUCUUUCAACAUUAGGUUUUAUGGUUCAUCCACAAUUUCAAAUCUUAAAUGUUAGCUGAGUUAAAAUAAUUGUUUUACAUUGUCAGAUAUUGAAGUUAAAAUACGUUACUCUUUUUAAAAUAAUUUUAUUACUAAUUUUCGCUAUGUAAACGUAAUCAAAAUUUGCUAACAGAAAAUGGGGAAUUGAUAUAAAAGUCAUCGGGAAAAUAAAGGUAACCACGUUUUGAUGAUUGAUCAAUCACAUUUCCAUAUGUUUGACGUAUAGUUGAUCUAUAAGUGUUAUAGUUUAUUCACAAUUUCAAAUUGGUGUUAUAGUUCUUUCACACUUUCAGUAUUUCAUACCUUGGUAAAGUUCAAAAAGACAAAUUGUUAAAUUUUAAAGUUGCAAUUUCUUGGCACAUUGGUGUUAUAUUUCAUCCAAGCUAGCAGAUUUUUAAUGUUAGUUGUGGUAGGACAAUUGUUUAGCAUUGUCAGAUAUUAAAGUAACAUACGUUACUAUUUUCAAAGUAACUUUAUUUCUACUUUUCACUCGUUACAUUUAAUUAAAAUUGCAAACAGAACGAGGGAGUUGAUAUAAAUACCAUUAUCUGAAAACACAACUGACCCCGCGUUUUGAUUAUCACUCACACUUCCACACGUCUGGCACUUUACAUUUGAAUAUAAAAUGCCCAUAUUCUGAGCACCGUGUAAUCUAAAUUUCCCGUGGAUUAAAACCAUUUUGUGAUAAUAGUUGGGUCCAUUUUGUUUCAUGAUAUUAUUUGAGAAUGUAACCAAUCAACUUUCAGUUAUUUUCGUGCAUACAAUUCUAAACCUUCGUAGUUAUUUUCAGAUUUUUAGAACAUGUAAUUUACGUUACCUUUCAUGAAACCUACGUUACCAUAUUUAAUGAGACAAUUACAUAUUACAUGCUGCCCGUUCGUUGAAUUUGAUGAACAUCCUGUAAACUUAAUCUUUACAUGACUUUAUAAAUGUUUAAAUCUUACCUUUAUCUUUCAGAUUUAUUGUUCGAAGUAAAAAGAUACGAUUCGUGAUUUUGACAGUCAAAUUUCUUUAUAGAAAUUAAUGUUUUCAAACUUCAAUUCCCCUCAGUGGUUUUCGCAAUCAAACUCAAGGGAAGUAAUAGACCAUUAUCGUACAAUUUUUGGCACCAAAUUGAUUAUUUCAGAAGUGGCAAAUUAGUUCUACUCAAUAGAAAUAUAUUUCACCACGACUAUUAAAGGUGUAAUGCUCUGUAACGUAGGUUUCACACUGAAUUAUACAUGUCAUUACGAAAACGUGAAAAUUUAGUCAAUCAGCAAAAUUCAAAAGCCAAUAAUCAACGGAUAUUAACUUGACAAUACAUGCAUUC